AUGUUCAGGGGCGAGAAAUUGGCCGUGAAAGGGGAACUAAAGCUGCGGAAUCCGCUUGUUUGGGUGGACCUCGAAAUGACAGGGCUGGAUAUUGAGCGGGAUACCAUCAUCGAAGUGGCGUGCAUCAUUACGGACGGAGACCUGAAGCAUGAAGUCCUGGGCCCUGCCACCGCUAUUCACGCGGACGACGACGUGCUGGACAACAUGAAUGCGUGGUGCAAGGAACACCAUGGCAAGUCGGGCCUUACGCAGCGAGUGCGCGAGACCCAUGUCACUAUGGCCCAAGCGGAGGAUGAGCUGCUGGCGUUCAUCUCGGGACACACGACGGAGAAUAUGGCGCAACUGGCGGGGAAUUCAAUACAUGUUGACCGGAUGUUCCUGCUCAAGUACAUGCCCCGCGUGGUGGCCUACCUCAACUACCGCAUUGUGGAUGUGAGCAGUAUUAAGGAGCUGGCGCGGCGGUGGUACCCCAAGGCAUACAAGAACGCGCCACGGAAAAAGCUGGCUCACACGGCUCUGUCGGAUAUCCGGGAAAGCAUUGAGGAGCUCAAGUACUACCGGAAAACUGUCUUCAGGACCCCCACCAAGUAA